AUCUCAUCUUCAUUCUCUACCUUCACCAUCGAAACGCUCUGGUUAGCGCUUCUUUGCAUUUUCUUUCUUUGCAUUACUUUUUGCUCUUUGCCUUUUGAUAUUCAUCAAUGGCUGCCAUUCGUACCCCCAUGCCCGACUUCACUGGAUGUGUCGUCGAUGAUGGUCGGUACCAGAUCAUCCAGAAGCUCGGUUCCGGUGCCUAUGGCAUUGUGUAUCGUGCUGUGGAUCAUCAUAGCGCCUCGUUGUCCGCUAAUGGCUCACAACUCGCGAUAAAAAUACUCCGUAAAGCUGGUCUUACGGAGCGCGAGGCCAUUAACGUACGACGAGAGCUUCAACUCCACCGUAUUAUGUCGGAGCAUCCGAACGUGGUGACAAUGCACCGCGCCUUCGAAGACGACGAUUAUGUUUACAUAGUCCUUGAUUAUUGCCCUGGUGGCGAUCUCUUCCAGAAGGUCUGCGAGGAGGGCAUCUACUUUAGAAAUGAUGCUCUCUUGAAAAAAGCCUUCCUCCAGAUUAUCGAUGCUGUAUACGCUUGCCACCGCAAGCGUAUCUUCCAUCGCGAUCUGAAGCCCGAGAACAUCCUCUGUAAUGAGGAUGGAUCAGAGAUUUAUCUCUCUGAUUUCGGGUUGGCCACAAACGAACGCAUCUCGCGGACGUUCGGUUGUGGCAGUUCUUUCUAUAUGAGUCCCGAAUGUAUCGGUGCAGAGACGGAUUAUAUUCCCUACUCUACCCGUUACGGUGACAUCUGGGCUUUGGGCGUGAUUCUUGUUAACAUGAUCACCGCCCGAAGCCCUUGGGAGAAAGCCAUCACCGAAGACGACUGCUUCCAUGAUUAUCUUCUCGAUAAUAAUUUUCUUCGUGAAAUGCUGCCUAUCUCUCAGGGGGCACACGAUAUCAUUACCCAAAUGUUCACCCUCGAACCCACUGACCGCAUCUCGCUUCCUGAACUCCGUAUGGCCAUUGAAAACCUCGACACGUUCUUUAUGAACGAUGCCGAGGUUGCCAAUGCGCCGUCCGGAUGCCAGCUUGCGGUCAAGGAAAUCCUUGCCAAUUUGGCAAUAAAAAAACAAAAGAGGGAGUUUGAGAAUGCCAUCGAGAAGUUUGACCAAAUGAAGGUCAAGGACAUGUCUAUUCGUAAGGCUGUCCAUCUACCCAAACAGGCUGUUUCUAGUCGCGAUGAUACUCCCGCUACAUCGCCAGAGAGCAGCCCAAAUUCAUCACACUCUGUCGGUCUUACCGAUAAUGACAGUCAGUCCAGCUCCGUAGUGAGCUCAGGACCUGUCACUCCGGCAAAUUAUGCCAUCGAGCCUCUUCUCGAAGUUCCCGAACUCUCUGAGAGUUUGGGAACAGAGUGGAUCUCGACCAUCGCGUCCAAGGUCAGAAAUGCCUUGGAGCCUGCGAAAGGCCCCUUGCGGGUCGUGAACGAAGUAGAUAGUAGAGCUGUGGUUUGACGUGCUGUUCAGUGCGCAAACGAUAGAU